AUGCUGCUCUCAUACUGGAAGAGGACAUUCAGGAUUGGGUCCAGGAGAUGGUCUGAGGAGGAAGAGGAGGAGGAAGAGGAGGAGGAGGAUUCGUUCAGCUGGCCUCAGGGAACCAAAGAGGAUCCUGCCACCUCCUGCUACGAGCUGGGACUCAUACACCCUCACCUGAGCGAUGGCUUCUUUUACAUGGACCCCAACCAAGGCUGUCCGCACGACUCUGUGAGGGUUUUCUGUAACUUCACAGCAGGAGGAGCGACCUGCAUCGAGCCUCUACCCUCACAGAUCAAACUAAGUUGGAAACCAAAGAAGAAGAAUGCACCUGUCCAAUGGUUCAGUCAGCAGCACGCUGGGAACAAGUUUGAGUACUCCGGCCUGGAUGUGGUCCAGCUGAGGUUCCUGCGGCUGCACAGCCUCUCGUCCUCACAGCUCCUGACGCUCCGCUGCUCAGAGAACAGCUCCAGAUCUGCAGGAGACACAUCGUCAGCUGAUCACCUGGUGGGAGACACACCGUCAGCUGAUCACCUGGUGGGAGACACACCGUCAGCUGAUCACCUGGUGGGAGACUCCGGCACAGAAAUCCCUUCCCACUUCACCUCCGUGUCCAGGAGAGGCUAUGAGGUGGAGGUGUCUGUGACGGUGCGGGGGGGAACGGAGCUGCAUCGAGGUGACAUGCAGCUACUUCCUGUCAGAGACGUGGGGGUGGAGCCUACGGUGUGUUCUCCAACCGUCUCUGAAAUCACCGCUGUGCUGGGACCCCUCUGUUUCUUGUGACCUGAGAGGUGUGUGUGUGUGUGUGUGUGUGUGUGUGUGGGUGUGUGUGUGUGUGUGUGUGUG